AUGUACAGCACCGCACUGGCCUUGAGGUCGAAGGAUUCAUUCUAUCACCGCCGCCAUGUCUACUUAUCCGGCGACCGGGUGGCGGAGGGAGGCAGCUGCUGCGGAAGCGGAUGCCUUCUGGGAACCUCGCAGCCGUCCUUGUAUGCGGCGGGAUUUUCCUGCCGUAGCACCCUUGCGAGUUCCAGGUUUGUUUACUCGUACUUAUUGAGGCAGGCGACCUUGAUCCGCUGCACGCCUUUUAGAAUCGUUGCCUGUGACGACGGUGGGGGAUCGGCGGCUCGGUACAGGAAAUUGGAGGCUGUCUGGAAUGGGGAUCCAUGUCCAAGUGCAGUGUGGAGCAAGCGGACCUGCUGUGCCUCCAGGAGGGUCGGUUCUAGGCCCGGAGCCUCCGGUGAGAUCUUCCAGGAUAUGUCGGGCUUACUAGAUGAGAUCGAGGAGUGUUCUGGAAUAGAUGUAAAUGCAGGUACUUGUGGUGCUUUUGAGGAUGCUUAUGUAAAGGGGAAGGUUGGAAAUAAGUCGUAUGGCGAGAAGUUUAGAGGAAGCUACAGGAACGAGAGAGAUUCCUCAAGGAAGAAUGAUCAUACAGAGCGGAGAAGCAAUUUGAGUUCGUCUCAUCAAACAGCUUCUUCAUUUUCAUCAAGUUCAGCUGAAUCUGGAAGCAGUAAACUGCGCCAGAGGCAAGAUAGAGCCGAAUCUUCAAGCUACUAUCGCCAGAAUGAUGAAAUAGCCAAGAAAGAGGAUUGGAAGAGUGAAAAUGACUCAAGUUCAAGAAGGAGAUUCUAUGCCUCAGAUGGCACUGUUCGAUCGGAAACUGACGCUAAGAAGAGAGAAGUGAGGAAGAGAGAUCUACAGGAUCGUACUACUUUAUCAUUGAGCUCUGACCGCCAGUCCAGAGAGAGGCAUGUGCAGGAUGACCGCCUCUUCACUGGACAAAAGGAGUCAAAAGAAGAGCUGGAAAAGGUUUCAAGGACAUCCAUUGUGCAGGAGAGCAGUGCUAAAGAGACAGAUUUCAGGAGUAAAAAGAUGUUGAGUGUGAUGAAAGAAGAAGCUUCAACUGUGGAUUUGCUCGAGGAAUUGAGAAGGCAGCGCACUGAAAUUGAACAGUUGCGGAAGGAUUACCAGAACCUUCUUAGAACAACAAAGAUGGACGACACCAAUCUCAUGAAGGCCUCUUCCUCCAGUAACGCAUCCCACACAAAGGCUGAAGACCUGGAGGAAAGAUCUUCCCUGCAAAUGAGCUUGCUCGAGGAAGUUCGAAGACAGCGUGUUGAAAUGGAGCAAUUAAAUGCAAAUUGUCGAAAGAUUAUGAGAUCAUUCAAGACGGAGGACAACGAGGUAAGGGAAACCAAUCCUAGUAAAUCAGUCAGAAAAAUCUCUGAUGUCAGGGAAGAGAGUUCAAGUUCAGGUGUUAAUUUUGUUGAGGAAGAGAUGGUGCAAAACGCGAAUGACCACCAGCAGACCAGUAAUUACUUGAGACAAAAUCGCCAAAAAGCAAAGACGUCAGAUUCUCAUGAAACUAAUGUUGGGAGGUAUUCGAACUACACAAUGGGUCUGACUACAGUUUCAGAUGACAACAAAAAGAGUGUAACUUCAGCUGUCUAUUUGGAUCAGGAAAAUCAAGAGCAUAACACUAAUAUUGUUCUAGAUGAGCAGAACAUUAGGUACACCAAUUUGAAAGACAGUUCACAGAAAGUCAAUGAAAGAAGAGAUAUUCGUAGUACCAGUGUUGAAACUGACUCAAUAUUGCGGAGGGAUCAUGUGACUAGAGUGAACUUGCAGAAAGAGGAUACAAGUUCAGCAGUCAGAUUGGUUGAUGAACGGAGAGACCAAGUUGGCAUUAUCGGUAAACAAGUUAUUGGAGGUGUUGACUGGAGAGAAAGUUCUCAGAAGACUGCUGAUGUGUUGGAGAUGCACAAGAAUGAUACGGCCAUAGCAUCUGGAACUCAAAAUCGUGUUGAAACCAUGGUGGAGGACCAAGAAGAGGUAUCAACGUCAGUUCAACAUCUGGUUAAGGCGGGAAGAGAGAAGAAAAUUAUAGAUGAUCGCCAAGUAAUUGUGGAAUUAAGUAUUAGCAAGGAAUCCCAAGGGCACCCCAAUGUUCCAGACGUCUACAGAAGUGAAGCCGGAAUUUCCAGUGUUGCACCGGUUGACCAAGAACAGAGUUCAGUGUCAACUGUGAAUCUGAUUGAUGAGGUGCAGAGUCAGAGGAAGAGUGAGAACAAGCAAGCAACCCAGCAAAUCAUGUCGAGAAAUGAUUCCCAACAGAGGGCAUUUGAUUUCAUUCAGGGUCAAACAGCAGAUGUUUCUGUUUCAAAACCGUCAUCUGAUACCAGGACAAAUGAAGGAGAUUCUUUGUUAGUAUUGGUUCAGGAAGCAAAGGGGAAACGAAAGUCAGAUUCGGUCGAGGAGAUGGUUGGAACUUCUACUGGAAAAUCGGAAAGUCAUUUCACCACUGGGCAAAGGCAGACACUCCACGAGUUUGACCCUGUCAAAGAUGAUGUACUCGAGUCUGCUGCGAAUUUCGAUAAGUCCUCUGCACACUAUGUUGAGGCAUUUUUGGAUAAAAUGCAGCAGAAGGUGUCUGCUACGGAUGAAUCUAAUUCUGCAUCCUCUGGUUCAUCUGAGACUCAUAGGGAAGGUCAGCCAUCAUCUUCCCAGAAACAAAAGGCUACAGUGAAACAUAAAGAUGAGAUAAGAAAUCAGGAAGACCCUCCACAGCAUUCAGCUACGUCUGAUCCAACAGGGCCAUCUGAUGAAGUUUGGGAUGUGAGGGGUGCUUCCUCUCAGGAGCCUUCCCCUACAGAAGAACCUGAUGACUCUUCCAUUGCGAGAAUUCCAGACGUGACGAGUGCUCCACCAAGCACCAGUGGUGCCAUCACUAAGAGAUCUGGCAGAUCCCUAUGGGGUUAUGUUGCAGACAUAUUUCGAAUUGGGUGGAGAACGCGUGCUGAUCCUCAAAAGCCAACCGUCAAAUCCGGUACAAAGAGUUCAUCAAAUGAAUCUGUGAGCAGUGAUGCUUGGUACUCUGGCCAUGAAUUAGAAUAUGAUGAAGAAGAAAAUGCACGAAAGGGAAGAAGAGCCUCAGUGGAGUCAGAGCUGUCCAAAACAGCUGUGGAUAAACCCCUUUCAAGUUCGAGUCCAAGCCUGGGUCAAGUACCCUCCGAGGUUUUGAGACCAGGAGAUCAGGUAACGCCGAUUAAGCUUGAUGUGUCGAUCCCAACAGGGAGCACUGGGGGAAGUCUCGGAUCCCAAGUCUCUCUCCCAGUCCCUCCCCUAGAAAAUUUAAUCCCUAUUGUGGAUGAAAAGGGAAUGCCAGGCGUUCCUUCUGCGCCUUCAAUGGUCGGUCUGCCUUCUUCGUUUGGAGGUGCUUUAGCUUCUACAUCUGGUGCAGGGACAGAAACUGAUAAAAGAGAAGGCAUACAAAUAAAAGAGAAGGCAUCUGAAAUCGAUGCUAUGGAGGGGAAGGAUGUCGAACUGAAGAGGAGAAAACCUCUUCAAAGGAACAAGCAAGUACUUAGAGAGGAAUUCGAGGAAUGGGAAGAUGCAUACAGGCUGGAAACUGAGCAGAGGACAACCGACGAGUUCUUCAUGAGAGAAGCCCUGAUGGAAGCUAAGAAGGCCGCGGAUAUCUGGGAGGUGCCCGUAGGGGCUGUGCUGGUGCAGAACGGGAAGAUUAUCGCUCGAGGCUGCAAUCUGUAAGCAACACAUUCCACUCUGCUCUUAUUAUAGUUUUAUCCUCUCUGUAAUUUUAUUCUUGACUUUAUUGAGCUUCACACAGCGUCGAAGAUCUGAGGGAUUCAACUGCGCAUGCUGAGAUGAUAUGCAUACGAGAAGCUUCCACCCUUCUCAGAACAUGGCGUCUUGCGGUAAUACUUUUCUCUGUUUGGGUAUUUAUUUUUUCCACGUUGACCUCUCAUUGUACUUGAUAAAAAUGGAAAUAUACGGCCACCCAUCGCCUCAUGGACGAAUUAUACAUAGGUUUGCUGAUCCCACCCCAAUAUAAUUCAUUGACUAGGAGUAAUCUCUGAAGAACACCACUAAUGAUGCUCUCCACCCCCAUCCUCUCCUCCCACAUUUCUUUCCUGUUGGGGAAUCUGUGGAGCAGAGUGGAUAAGAACUUCAUAUUGGCAAAUAUUUUCUAAUUUUAGGAAUAAACACAAGUUAAGAGGCAUAAUCGGUGUGAUGAAAAUGGCCCAUUAAGUCUGUGUCUGUGCUCUUUUUUUUUAUUAUUUUAUUUAUAGGGAACGACUCUCUAUGUGACGCUGGAACCAUGCCCGAUGUGUGCCGGGGCCAUUCUUCAGGCUAGAAUAGACACCAUAGUGUGGGGUGCUCCAAACAAGCUUCUAGGAGCUGACGGCAGCUGGGUCAGGUCAGAUCUUCAUUCCAUGCUCUAUAAAUCUUGAGGAAACCAGUCAAUUUUAGCUCUCUCUCUCUCUCUCUCUCUCUCUCUCAGACUGGGCUUCACAGGGCCCGGCCCGGGCCAAAGAGAGGAACCAAGAGAUUGACUAUGCUCUUCAUGUUGUCCGCCAGAUUAUUCCCCACUGGGGAUGAGGGGAGAGACGGGCCUGUGCACCCUUUCCACCCGAAGAUGAGCAUAAGACGUGGCGUCCUGGCCACGGAGUGUGCAGACGCCAUGCAGCAGUUCUUUCAGCUGAGGAGGAAGAAGAACAAACCGCCACCUCCGCCGCCGCCGCCACCACCGCCGCACUCCCUGAUAAAUUACCCAACGAAGUUGUUGACCAAGAUGCACAACAUCUUCUGCAUGAUGGCCUGCAUGUAG